AUGCUUAGUUAUGUAGAUUAUAGUAAUAAUAUUCCAGUUGAAGUUUUGGGAUUAUUGAAAUUGCCUUACCUAUUCAGACCUUCCUUGGUAAAAACAAGAACUUCUAAAAAAUGGAAACCGUCAUCUCAGGAGCAGGCUGAUGGAUUUAUAUGCAACAUUACUGUGAUGGCAGAUUUGGAAACUAUGCUGGUCAAACGCAAAGAAAAACUUCGCUCAUAUGGAUUGACUUGUCAACCUUUGAUCAUAACCGUUGGAGACCCAACAUCUUUUUCUGCAAUUUACGUCAUCGUUAAUGAAGUUAAGUACGCUGCGAGUAAUUUAAUCGGCGCAGUUGAUAUGUGUUUCAAGGUACACUAUGCUCUAAAUGCAAAGUACUCCCCAGAAUCUGAGACAGUUUGGGUUUUCUUGCAAAAAUUUUUUUACGGCAUCAAAGGAUGCAAGCACUUUGUUACUGUUGAAGUUGUCUGGUCAGAUAUCCUGAUACAUCAGAAGUCGAACGUAGAAGACAGCAGCGCUGAUGAAUGAUUCUAUAAUUUUCUUAACUGUCGACAGUACUUUAUCUUGGUACAUCAAUUCGUUUGACACUAGUUCAUCCAGUUCAACUUCUUU